AUGGCUUUAUGCAGCUUAAAGAACAAUUUGCAACUGGCCACUUUGAAGACUUUGUCCCUGGUUUCUAUAAGCGUGAUGUCACCACAACAAAGUGUCCAAGAAGUGUUCCGAACAGCUGACUGCGUCUGCUUCGAUGUGGACUCAACAGUAAUACAAGAUGAAGGCAUCGAUGAGUUGGCCAAAUUUUGUGGAAAAGGAGAUGAAGUGAAACGACUAACUGCUGAAGCUAUGGGUGGCAGCAUGACUUUCCAGGAAGCCCUCAAAAAGAGACUGGACAUCAUCAGACCUAACGUUAGUCAAAUUAGGGAAUUCCUGGAAAAAACACCCAUACACCUUACUCCUGGUAUAUCCGAGUUAGUAAAAGUGCUACACGAAAAAGGUGUGAAUGUGUACCUCGUGUCUGGUGGCUUCAGGAGUCUCAUAGAACCGGUGGCAGUCAAAGUUGGAAUUCCUAUAACCAAUAUCUACGCUAAUAGGCUGAAAUUCUUUUUCAAUGGAGAAUAUGCCGGUUUUGAUGAAAGCGAGCCAACAUCGAGGUCUGGUGGCAAGGGUUUGGUUGUCAGGCGGCUAAAGGAACAGUAUGGCUACCAAAGACUGGUCAUAAUCGGUGACGGAGCCACAGACGCUGAAGCGAGUCCCCCCGCUGACGGUUUUAUUGGUUUUGGCGGUAACGUUGUUAGAGAAGAAGUUAAAAGAAAAGCGGCAUGGUAUGUCACAGACUUCCAAGAACUAAUCGCCGCUCUUGCCAUACAAACAAAA